AUGGUCAUAUCAAGACCCGACGCUGCUCCAUGGGUGUUGUGCGGUGUAUACGCGUGCGCGGACCGAGUUAGGAGAGUCCUUUGGCAGGAGAUCACCAACCUGACCGCCCAGGAUAUCCCGACGGUAGUGAUUGGUGAUUUCAACUGUAUUCUGAGUGAGGAUGAGAAGCGGGGGGGCGCUGCCUUUACGGAUCGAAUGGACAGAAGAGAGUUUCGUGACUUUGUGUCGCGGAAUGGUCUGGUAGACUUAGGUUUUUUUGGACCACAGUUUACUUGGUGCAAUAAUCAACUGGGCAAUGCUAGGGUUUGGGAGCGAUUAGAUAGGGCUCUUGCGUCUCCUGAUUGGAUCCUCCGAUUUCCUACUUGCCGGGUUAGCCACCUGCCUCGGAUUGCCUCAGACCACUGCCCAUUGCUACUCUCCACCUCAUCGGGUCCUACGCAUCACAGCCCCUUCCGUUUUGAGAAGGUUUGGCUGUCGUACCCCCAGUCUUGGGAUAUUGUUCGCGAUGCAUGGCGGGUCCCGGUGCAUGGCGAUGCCAUGCAACGGGUUUCACGCAAACUUGAGUUGACUAAAAGGCGCUUUCGCCGAUGGAACUGUGAGGUUGUGGGCAAUAUUUUUCGGCAAUUGGAGGGUGUAGAGACCUCGAUCACUGAGUUGCGAAGGAAGGAAGACUUAGGGGGUGUGCUCUCAAAGGACGAUAUGGUUGAUCUCCGAGGACUGCUCGCGACUCACCACUCGCUGCUACGACAACAUGAGACUUUCUGGCGACAGAAAUCUCGGGUGCAGUGGGUUAGCGAGGGUGAUCGUAACACUAGGUUCUUUCAUCGAACUACGGUUAUACGGAGACAGAGGAGCAUGAUCCACUCUCUGCAUGACGGGUCCGGACAUCGAGUGGAGGGUGAGCCUGCCAUCCGUCAGGUCUUACUCGACCUUUUCCGCACUAGAUGGUCGGAGGAUGAGGAGGCCAGUGAUGGGGACCGCCCUCUGAGGGUGGAUGUGGGUAUUCGUGACGCGGAGAGUGUAUCCCUGAUCCGGCCGGUGUCGGCGCUGGAGGUACAGGAGGCAGUCUGGGCUUUGACUCCUGACAAGGCCUCUGGACCUGAUGGCUUCCCCCUUUUCUUCUUUCAGCAGUAUUGGGGUAUUAUCCGACCAGCGGUGGUGGAGGCUAUUCAGUGUUUUUUCACCCAGGCAGCUAUGCCUGUGGGUUGGAAGGCUACCUUCAUCACGCUCAUACCUAAGCGUCAGAAUGCGACUGAGCCUUGUCACUUUCAUCCUAUCAGCUUGUGCACAACCUUAUACAAGGUUGUGGCAAGAAUUAUGGUGGGCAGGAUGAAGCCUCUCUUGCCUGGUAUCAUUAGCCAGGAGCAGGGGGCUUUUGUGGCUGGCGGAAAUAUUUCUCACAAUGUUAUGUUGGCCCAGAAAAUGAUGUGGGAUCUUCGACGAGCAUCGAAACGGCACAGCCUAAUGGCAGUCAAGCUGGAUAUGGGGCGAGCUUAUGAUAGGAUCAGGUGGAGUUUUCUUCAGCGGGCGUUGGAGGCAUACGGUUUCCCCAGGGCACGAAUUCCAGACGCUCGGAUUCUUCGCAGGAUGGUGGCAGACUACUGCGCGGCGUCCGGCCAGAGAGUGAAUUUGCUGAAGUCUACCAUUUCCUUUAGCCCCAGCACGGAGAGCAGAGUCAAACAGGAUAUUAGAGGGAUACUGCAGAUACCAGAGCAGGAGGUGACGCUUACCUACCUAGGCGUCCCUAUUACUGGCCGAAGGCUUCGGAUGGCAGAGUGUUCGGGUUUGGUGCAGCGAGUCCAGAGCAGGUUGGAGGGAUGGAGGGUGUCCUCCCUAUCCAUGAUGGGGAGAGUGACACUGGUUAGAGCGGUGUUGGGAUCCAUACCGGUGUAUCUUAUGGCCAACACAGUGGUUCCGAAGACGAUCCUGUUAAGGAUCGAGCGCUUUCUUCGGAGCUUCUUGUGGGGGUCAUACGGUGGAGGUCACGGAGUGCACCUGGUGGCAUGGGAGCAGGUCUGCCUUCCUACUAGUGAGGGUGGCUUGGGGGUGCAGUCCCUCAUAGAGAGGCGUGAGGCGUUCUUUGCUCGGCACGCGGCUCGGUUCAUGUUAGAGCCACAUGGCCUCCGGAGUCAGUGA